ACUGGGAUGGAAUGGAUAUCCAUAACUGUCACUAAAAUGUCAUGAUGAGAUUGAAGGAAUACAUUGUCCAUGUCACCCAAUCACUUAUUAUUUGUCACCUUGUGUUAUCCAUCACAAUCCCGUGUUAUUUUAUGAUAUCCUUAUUUGUUUAUCUCGCGUAUUUCGAGUAGUCCAUCUGCCGUCGUUAAGUAGUUCAUUCUGUGGGUGGCACGUACAUCAAUUACCUAAUAAAUACAUUGAUUCGACUUAUUCAGCAAUCAUUUAUCUAUUUGGUCCCAGUUUGAUUCUGCAUGCACUAGCUUUUUCUUCUACAAAAGAUCAUCGUAGCUAAUUAGUCAUUUAAUUUAAACAUGGAAAAAGAAGAAAAUGGAGGCAUUUCACUCUCAGUCAGUUCUACCUCAUCAAAUAAAUUAUCCAACCAAACAACGAAUCAACCCUGGUGGAAGGUCAAUCAAGAAACUUUGCCUCUAAAAAUCGUACUUUUCUUGUAUUGCGGAGCCAUGGCCGCUGUUCUCCCAUAUCUGACCAUCCACAUGAAAGAGAUUGGAAUUACGUUGGAGGAAAUUGCCAUCAUUUACGCCGUCCUCCCAUUCACGUCUUUCCUCGGUCCGCCGUUGGUGGGUUUUCUCGCAGACAAAUUGGGACGAUAUAAAAUGGUUCUAGUUUUGGCAACCGUGGCGAAUGGACUUUUCCACUCUCUUCUUCUCGCCGUGCCGACCUACCACGAGGUUCCUCUCACGGCCCCAUUCUACCUGACGUGGACGGACGCCACGGGAACGGGACUGUUCCUGCCUGGAGUCACAGAUUCGACCAAGUGUGACGAAAUACUAGGCGCGUUACAAAGAGAUUAUUCUCAUCCUGAUAUCCAUUCCGGAAAUGAUGAUCUCGGAAACAAUGUCCCGUUCAACUUCAAGGUAACGCUACCUUGUUCCUCGUCUGGCGACCUGUCAUGCUCGUCCAACGACACCUCGUUCGCCAACGAUCCUCAGCAAUAUGGCCACUUUCACUGCAACAAUUACCAGUUCACAAAGAAUAAUGUUGAUGCUACCGGGUGUCAGAUAUGGAUAGAUGGAUCUUGUCUAGUAAGAAGCAACGUUUCCAUACGAAGUGAUGUACUUUACGAGACCAAUGUUACCGUUCCAACUGGAAAUGUCGAGAUUCGAGGGAAUAACAGUGUAACAUUUUGGUCCUAUUUUUCACUCCGAGUGCUGGCAACAUUGUUCAUGAAUUCAUGUUUCUCGCUCUUGGACGCCACCACGCUCGCCAUUAUCAAAACGGUAGGCGAAGCAGAGUACGGGAAGGAACGAAUUUUUUCAGUUCUCGGGUUUGGAAUUGUGUCCCCAAUUGCUGGAUUGCUGGUUGACUACGUAUCAAGGCUGCGAGGCUUUACGGAUUAUUCGGCAGCAUUUUACCUCUCAAAUGUCCUCCUGGGUCUGAAUGUGAUUACGUAUUUUGUUAUGAAACUUCACGUGGAAAAACCGGAUGCAGGAUUCAUGAAAAAUGUUCGAAGUCUUCUAAGUUAUCCGGAAGUUGUCGUCUUCCUGUUUAUGAUUUUCAUCCUCGGCACAAUGUGGGGUUUUGUGGAGUCGUACUUAUUCAUAUUCCUGAAAGAAUUGGAUGCCCCCAACUAUCUCUUAGGGUUGACACUAACUGUCGGGUCUUUUGUGGGAAUCCCUUUCUCCUACGGAUCUGAAAGAAUCCUCAACUUUUUUGGUCGCGUGAACAUAAUGGUUUUUGCAUUCAUUGCAUACUUUUUCCGGUUCUUUGGAUACUCUUACAUAACUUCACCCUUUUUCUGCUUCCCUUACGAAGCCAUGGAAGCUUUUACUUAUCAUUUGAUGUGGAUCGCGGCCGCAACUUAUUGCAGUGAUCUCGCACCGAAAGGCCUUCUUGCCACGCUGACUGGGGUCAUGGGUUCCCUGCAUUAUGGUUUAGGAAAAGGCAAUGGUGCUUUUAUCGGAGGCUACUUAAUAGGAGCUGUUGGAACUCGUUUAAGUUUCCGGUGGUUUGGUCUCUUUGCUGGAGCAGUGGGGCUCAUCUAUUUUAUCAUCAAUUUGCUUUGGUUGGAAAAAGUGGUCCAGAAACGUCACCAAAAGCUGACGAUGAAAAACGAAGAAGAGGAUCCAAUGGAAAAGGAUGCUUUGGUCACGGAACGGGGACCACCUCUGACAAUCCUGUACAACACAAAUCAGGACAAAGUGAUGGUUAAAAAUUCCAAUGCGGAGAAUGACGCAGAGGUCGACGUGGGUCGGGGAGAAAAAUCACAUACAACUAAUAGUUCUAAUAGUUUAUCCAAACAGGAGGGUUCUGCCACUAAUUUAUGAAAACGUGUACAGAAAUAAUUAAAUGAUGGUUCUUUUAUUUAUUUUAAAUCCUGUUCAUAUUUUUCAUUAUGACCAUUUUAACUCCGAUUUUAGCUUUAUUUUGUAACCUUUUUUAUUGUCAUUGAUGCAACGUCGCAAUAAAAUAAUGUCGCAAAAAUUAGCCAUGAAGCAUAAAA